AUGAGUAAAUCCCACGGGACCCGCCAGGGAAAAGGUCAGCCUCAGUUGACUCAACACUUCAGCCCGCACGAUAAAGACGCUAGCAAGGCAGACGCUAGCAAGGCGGGCGCUAGCAAGGCGGGCGCUAGCAAUGUAGCAACAGGUGGAGCUCAACCGCUAACUCUGGACAUGCUCAUCGGUGAACUCGAGAAACUGCGCAAAGAUGUAACAGGUGAACUCACCACCUCCCUGAAUACUGCCAUGGCUCCUAUCCAAGCUUCUCUGCAAAAGAUCGCUGAUACUGUAGCCUCGCACACAGCUACCAUCUCCGCAAUGGAAACAGCCCUCUCUUCCCACUCAGAUGACCUGUCGACUCUGCAGCACGAAGUGGCCACAUUGAAGUCCAAGGUGGAGACCACCACCCAGAUGAAUGAAAAGCUGCAGCUGGCUGUUGAGGACCUGGUUUCACGAUCCAAACGGCAGAAUCUCCGUGUGAUUGGUAUCCCCGAGGGAGCGGAGGGGACUGAUACCCGUCUCUUUAUGACUACGCUGUUUAAGGACGUGAUCGGAGACACUCCACCAGAUACGAGCUUUGAACUGGACCGAGCUCACCGCAGCCUGGGGCCGAAACCGGCGCAGGGCUCCCGGCCCAUUCUUGUGCGCUUUCACAGAUACAUCCAGAAAGAGCGAGUGCUGCUAUGGGCGAAGAAAACACGGGGCAUCUCAUACCAGGGUUAUCCCAUAAGGUUCUUUGAGGACUUCAGCGCUUCCCUCGCCAAGAAACGGGCAUCAUUCAACAAAGUGAAGUCUCUCCUCUACAAGGAUGGGAUACGCUUCGGGCUGAUCUACCCGGCGCGCUUGCGGGUCACUAUUGACGGACAGUCUCGCAUGUUUGACUCCGCGGAUGAAGCGGAGCGGUUCUACCGUGAUCUCAGCAGUAAGUGA